AUGGCUGCCUCAAUUGAACUCACAGCUCCCAACGGAGUGAAAUGGUCUCAACCAACCGGCCUCUUCAUCAACAACGAAUUCGUCCCCUCAUCAAGCAACAAAACCCUCACAUCAAUCGACCCCGCCACCGAACAAGAAAUCGCAACAGUUCAAUCCGCAGAUUCAGAAGACAUCGACAAAGCCGUCAAAGCAGCCAAGGCCGCACUGCGCCAUGAAUCAUGGCGAGACCUCCCCGCCUCAGACAGAGGCCAACUCAUGGCCCGUCUCGCUGAUCUGAUUGAAUCUAAGCGCGAGCUCUUUGCUACGAUUGACGCCUGGGAUAACGGCAAGACGUACAUCGAGACACUGGAGAAUGAUCUCGUUGAGGCUGUGGGCGUUAUUCGGUAUUACUCUGGCUGGGCUGAUAAGACAUUCGGUCAGACUAUUAAUACCACGCCCAAGAAGUUUGCGUAUACGAUUCGUCAGCCGAUUGGUGUUGUUGCGCAGAUCAUUCCGUGGAAUUAUCCUCUGUCUAUGGCGACGUGGAAGCUGGGCCCUGCGUUGGCUUGUGGGAAUACAGUUGUUAUCAAGGCAGCUGAACAAACGCCCCUAAGUCUUCUUGUCUUGGGUGAACUUAUUAAAGAAGCUGGUUUUCCACCUGGAGUAGUCAACAUCGUCAAUGGUCUGGGCAAAGACACGGGCGCUGCGUUGGUGCAGCAUCCGUUGGUGGACAAGAUCGCUUUUACAGGAUCAACAGCCACAGCAGCUAGCAUCAUGGGCGUCGCUGCAAAGACACUCAAAAACAUCACCCUCGAAACGGGCGGGAAAUCUCCAUUGAUUGUGUUUGAUGAUGCAGAGCUUGAUCAGGCUGUAAAGUGGUCGCACUUCGGCAUCAUGUCGAACCAAGGACAGAUCUGUACCGCGACAUCGCGAAUUCUCGUGCAGGAGACUAUUUACGAGAAAUUCAUCAAGGAGUUUAUUGAUACGCUCAACACGGUUAGCAAAGUUGGUAACCAGUGGGACAAGGAAACGUAUCAAGGACCGCAGGUAUCCAAGGUUCAGUACGAGAGGAUCCUAGAGUACAUCGACAUUGGCAAGAAAGAGGGCGCCACAGUCGCAGCAGGCGGUCACCCUCUAAAAGUCGGAGACUCAGACAAGGGAUUCUACAUUUCUCCCACUGUCUUCACAGACGUCAAGCCCUCUAUGAGAGUGUUUCGCGAAGAAAUCUUUGGUCCGGUCGUUGUUGUUUCUACGUUCAAGACGGAGGAGGAGGCGAUUGAGUUGGCGAACGAUACGACGUAUGGACUUGGCGCUGCUGCUUUCACGACAAAUUUGGAAAAGGCUCAUCGCGUUGCUGCUGCGAUUGAGGCGGGCAUGGUCUGGAUUAAUAGUUCACAAGAUUGCGAUCCUCGUGUGCCGUUUGGUGGUGUUAAGCAGAGCGGCAUUGGGAGGGAGCUUGGUGAGGCGGGAUUGGAGGCGUACACGCAGAUUAAAUCAGUUCAUGUCAACAUGGGAAACAGGCUAUAG